AUGCCCUGGAAGCAGAGACUUGAAAUUUGCAUUGGUGCAGCAAGGGGUCUGGAUUACCUCCACACAGUUGCAGCUGGGGGCAUCAUCCACCGUGAUGUUAAGUCCAACAACAUAUUGCUUGAUGAAAACAAUGUUGCUAAAGUUGCUGACUUUGGCCUUUCAAAACAUGGUUCUGUUGAUGAAACUCAUGUUGUCACCAAAGUGAAAGGCACCCUUGGUUACCUUGAUCCGGACUAUGUGAUGUCCGAACAGUUGUCUGAAAAAUCUGAUGUGUACUCGUUCGGGGUAGUUCUUCUUGAGGUGUUAUGUGGAAGACCUCCUAUUGAUAGAGAUCUCCCAAGAGAUGAAAUAAAUUUAGCUGAGUGGGUGCUACAUUGCAAGACGAAAGGGUUGCUUGAACAGGUUGUAGACUCUUCACUUGAGGGUCAGAUUGAUGCUAACUCGCUGCGAGUAUUUAGUGACACGGCUGAGAAAUGUCUGCAAAAAGACGCUAAUGAUCGGCCUACAAUGGUUAAUGUGCUGUCUGACUUGGAGUAUGCAUUAAAGCUCCAUGUAGCACUAAAUCUUAGAGAACUUAGUUCUGAGGACAGCACAGCCAAUGCUUCAUCAGCAUUCAUAUAUGUUGAGCGUCUUCCUUCACUUAGUUCCACAGUUAACGCAGACGAUACAGCUGUCUCCGCUGACGGAUCGGUGGACACAACACCAAGCCAAGUUUUCUCCCAGUUGAAGUUUGGCGAUGCCAGAUAA